AUGCUGCAACGAUUCAGUGAUAUAUUGACGAUUGUUGUUCUAAGACGCGUUGAUCGAGGUCUUGGAUAUCAGCAAGAAUCGAGCGUAAAAGACCUCAGCAAGUCAAAAGAACACCUGGAGAAGAGCAUACAAUGCUACGAGAAAGUGUUUGAUGAUUUAAAAGACAAUGACCAAUUCAAGGUUUCAUUUGUCGAUACAUUUAUCAGAGCCUACAAGUUCCUCAGCCAAGUCUACAUCAAAAGAAGACAAAGCGAAGAAGCUCUCUUAGUGUGUGAACAUGGGCGAGCACGUGCUUUGAAAGAUCUCUUGUUCCUUAAAUACCACACAACUGAGAAAACAGAAUCAAAACAAGUCGUKGAACUUGCAGAUGUCAAGACAAUUUGCUCUCAUCGAGACGUCUCCAUUCUUUUUUACAAUCUUCAUUAUAACAAGCUAACUUAUCAUAGCUGGGUCAUAUCAUCCCGAAACCCAUCUACCUUCUUUUACGAUGAAAUAGACAACCGCGAAGCUUUGGCAACAAUAAUGUCGAGCCUAUCUGAAGAUGGGAGAAAAAAUGCUGAAGCUGGAUCAUAUUUUCAAUAUCUCGUUGACAACUGUUUCCAGCAGCUGAAUGUUAGAGAAGGCAAAGGAAUGAAAUGCGAAGACAGAUCGAUGAACAUACUAGAGCAUGAAGACCUGGAGUGUGCACCCUCGACAAACCCCUCGCAUCUCAGUGAAACUGCUCUUAAAGUUUUUCAAAAGGUUGACAGAUGGGACAGAUGUAUUCCCGACGAAGGAGACGAUGACAUGGAGCCUCUUGAUAUGCUCUUCUAUAGACUAGUUUCCCCAGUACUGGACCAGCUGAUCCACGACGAGCUGAUCAUCAUCCCUGACGACAAAGCGAUUGAAUAUCACAAAAAGAGUCUGAGCAUAGCUAAAGAGAUUGCCGACAGACAGGGAGAAGGAGCUACUUAUGGAGAUUUGGGGAUUGCCUAUCAUUCAUUAGGAGAAUAUCACAAGGCGAUUGAAUACCACGAAAAGAGACUGAGCAUAGUUAAAGAGAUUGGUGACAGACAGGGAGAAGGAAAUGCUUAUGGAAAUUUAGGGGCUGCCUAUGAAUCGUUAGGAGAUUAUCACAAGGCGAUUCUAUAUCACGAAAAGAGUCUGAGCAUAGCUAAAAAGAUUGGUGACAGACAGGGAGAAGGAGCUACUUAUGGAAAUUUAGGGACUGCCUAUUAUUCAUUAGGAGAAUAUUACAAGGCAAUUGAAUACUACGAAAAGAUUCUCAGAAUAGCUAAAGAGAUUGGCGACAAACAGAGAGAAGGAGCUGCUUUUGGAAGUUUAGGGAUUGCCUAUUAUUCAUUAGGAGAAUAUUACAAGGCGAUUGAAUACCACGAAAAGAGCCUGAGCAUAGCUAAAGAGAUUGGUGACAGACAGGGAGAAGGAGUUAGUUAUGGAAAUUUGGGGAUUGCCUAUAGAUCAUUAGGAGAAUAUCACAAGGCGAUUGAAUAUCACGAAAAGCGACUGAGCAUAGCUAAAGAGAUUGGUGACAGACGGGGAGAAGGAGAUACUUAUGGAAAUUUAGGGACUACCUAUUAUUCAUUAGGAGAAUAUCACAAGGCGAUUGAAUAUCACAAAAAGAGACUAAGCAUAGCUAAAGAGAUUGGUGACAGACAAGGAGAAGCACAAACCCAUCAUAAUAUAGGUGUUGCAUAUGAGGAAGAAUCGAGCAUUAAAGACCUCAACAAAUCAAAAGAACAUCUACAGAAGAGCAUACAAUGCUACGAGAAAUUGUUUCAUGAUUUAAAAGACAAUGACCAAUUCAAGGUUUCAUUUGUCGAUACAUUUAUCAGAGCCUACAAGAUGCUCAGCCAAGUUCAAAUUAAAACUGGACAAAGCGAAGAAGCUCUCUUAGUGUGUGAACAUGGGCGAGCACGUGGUUUGAGAGAUCUUUUGUUCCUUAAAAACCACACAAAUGCAACUGAGAAAACAGAAUCAAAAGCACUAGAACUUGUAGAUGUCAAGACAAUUUCCUUUCAUCGUGAAGCCUGCAUUCUUUUUUACAAUCUUGAUGCUAACAAGGUAACUUAUGAUUGCUGGAUCAUAUCACCCCAAAGUCCCAAAGACAACAUCAAAGCUUUGGCAACAACGCUGUCGAGUCUGUCUGAAGAUGAUAAAACAAACAUGAAGACGGGAUAUUUUCAAUAUCUUGUUGACAACAGUUUUCGCCAGCUGCGUCUUAAAGAAGGAAUGAAAUGCGAUGACCGAUCGAUGAACGUACUAGAAAAUGAAAACGGGGAGUCUGAAGGCGUUACAAAGUCUUCAAAGCCUAGUGAAACUGCCCUAACAGUUUUUCGACAGGUUGAAAGAUGGUGUGCUUCCACGGACGACGAAGAUGAUAUUGAGCCUCUCGAAGUGCUUUCCCGUAGACUUCUUUCUCCAGUUAUUAACCAGCUGACCCACGACGAGGUGGUCAUCAUCCCCGACGGUCCCCUGUUCAUGGUGCCAUUUGCUGCUCUUCAAGAUCCAAUGACCGGCAAGUAUUUGUCGGAAACUAAACGCAUUCGCAUGGCUCCUUCUCUGACGACGCUGAAAAUUCUACAAGAAUCCUCAGACGAAAUCUAUGCUAAGUCAGGAGCUCUGAUCAUUGGAAACCCAACAACUGGACAUGUCAGGCGUAAUGGUCGUACAGUGAUGUUYACUCCGUUACCCGGUGCCGAGGAUGAAGCCAUACAGAUUAGUAAUCUUCUUGGUGUACAGCCAUUGAUAGGGACUCAAGCAACAAAAGAAACAGUCCUAAGAAGACUUCAACAAGGUCUGUCAAUUAUCCAUUUUGCUGCACAUGGUAGUAAGGAAAAUGGACAGAUUGCUCUYGCUCCUUCUAAACCUACGACGUACUCGAGUCCAGCAGAGGAGAAGGACUGCAUCUUGACCAUGAAAGAAGUACAAGAGAGUGGAAUUCGUGCUCAACUGGUUGUCCUCAGUUGCUGCUACAGUGGUCGAGGAGACAUCAAGUCUGAAGGAGUUGUUGGAAUGACUCGAGCCUUUCUUGCUGCAGGAGCUCGUGCCGUUGUAGCGUCAUUGUGGGCUAUUGAUGACUCAGCAACAGAGUUCUUCAUGCUGAAAUUCUAUGCSCAUCUUAAGAAUGGAGAGAGUGCCAGUAAGAGUCUGCAGCAGGCAAUGAAGGACAUGAGAGAG